AUGGGUGUCAGCAGAGUAAAGAACCAAAUCGAUUAUCUCUUGAUCAGCGGGCAGUGGAGAUCAUCCAUACUGGACACCAGAGUACAGAGGGGUGCAGAUACCAACAGCGACCACUACCUUGUGAGGACCAAUAUCAAACUACGCCUUCAGUCACACAGAAAUAAGAAAAAGGUUAAGCCAAAGAUUGAUGUUGACCGAGUAAAGGACGAGGAAACCAAGCGAAAAUUCUGUAAGUCAGUGAGGAGUAAGCUUGAGGAGAACAGGACUGAGAUUGAGGAUAUAGAAGAGAUAUGGGAACAACAGAGGAGUGCCUACACCAACGCGGCAGGGGAAGUGCUUGGGUCCAGGAAAGGGAAGAGCAAGCCAUGGAUAACUGACAACACCUGGAAACUGAUAGAUGAGAGGAAAGACAUUAAGAUCAGGACUGACAGUACUUGCUCAGAGAGGGUCAAGAACAGGAUGAAGGAGGAUUACAGGGAGAAAUGCUCAGAGGUGAAAAGAAGUGUGAGGGAAGACAAGAGGAGAUGGAUGACGGAGAAAUCACAGCUCAGCCAGCAACAGAGAACGGGCGACAGAAAGAACUCUACAGCAUAG